AUGAGUCAUUCAUCGUCAGUAUGUCAGUCAGAAAAUUUCGUUUGGUACGAUGACGAGUUGUUGGGGGUUGGAGCUGUGGGAGAAGUUUACAAGGGCCAAUGUGUGAAAACAGGAGAGCAGGUAGCAGUGAAGGUGAUGAAGAGGUUCGACAAGAACACGACCGACCACCUCAUCAACCUACAGGAGCGAGAACUCGAAGUUCUCAGAAAACUCAACCAUCCAAACAUUGUCAAGCUGAUAGCCGUCGAAAAUGAAAUCAACAAGCCUGGCAAGAAGGUGAUAGUUAUGGAGUUGUGUUCUGGCGGCAACCUCUAUGACAUCAUCACAAAACCGGAAAAUGUUUUUGGGCUGCAUGAUGAGGAGUUUCUCAAGGUUCUGCAUGGAAUUGGUUGGCCGAUCUACAAAUUGAUUGACUUUGGGGCUGCCAGGGAACUUCACACGGAGGAGGAGUUUCAAUCCAUCUAUGGCACCGAUGAGUACCUGGACCCGGGCCUCUACGAAAAGGCCUUCAUGGACCGUGGAUCCACCUCAACCUUCACCGGGUCGGUCGACUUGUGGAGCAUCGGGGCCACCCUCUACCACGUCGCCGCCGGUCAACUGCCCUUCCAAGCCUACCAUGGGAGGAGGGAUAAGAAUACUAUGUAUAAGAUAAUAGCCAAUAAGGAAUCAGGUGACAUUUCGGGCAUCCAAUCAAAACCGAAUGGGCCAAUCGUCUACGAUAAGCACCUACCUAAAAAUUGCCUGCUAUCCAGGGGCUUGAGACCUCCAGUUGAGGAAUUGUUGGCCCACUUGUUGGAGGCGGAUAAAGAAAAGACCAUGUCGUUUGAGAAGUUCUUCGUGAUGGCUGAGUGUAUUGUUAAAAAGAAGUUUCGAAACCUUCCAGAGCCUCCUACACGAACAAUGCCCCCACUCCCCGCCAAACGAUCAGAUGCUCCUCUUCGAGAAUUUGAACUUCUCCGUGCAGUUUGGGCAGGACAACAAACUAUCAGGCACUACCUAACCAGAAAGUUCGACAACAUGGCGACCAGAAAGGAGCACGUGACCGACAUGCACCAAUCAUAUUCAGACCGUCUGCAGACCUCUUCCCUAUUGGUCAGUUGCAUGGAGGCACUCAAUAACGGAACCAAUCACAAUCAGUCUAUUGAUUCCCUGAACAGUGGUAGGGUCACGUACGAAAGGCAGAGGAACUUCAUCAACCGACUGUCCAGUGAGAUCCAGGAGCUGACCUGCACAUCACAUAACACGGAGGAGAUGAUGAAGAAGUGUGUGGACGUGUGGAUGGUGGAGAGGCCUGCAUGCAAGGAAGAGGAUUGCUGUUCGACGCGUAUGGACAUGAUGGUGAGAGAUGUGGAGGAGAUAGAGAGUGGCUGCAAGAGAGAAAGGGUUCCAGAGAGAGGACUGAGUGGUACCAUGUCCAAGAAGAGUGAACUCAAUAGACGCACGAUUUCCAACCACUGCCUAACGGCCAAAACUCUGAUCGAGCAGCAUUGCCAAAAAAACACGGGCGAACUUUUUAAACUCUUCAGAGAGUUCAUGUGCCAAUCGUGGCAGGUCAUGGAAAACCUCGACAAAUUAGAACAGGGGUUGGAGUCUUCGAGCAGACAGUUCAAAGUACUCAGCCAAAAUUUCAAUACCAGCGAUUCAAGGAGAAAGUCAUUUUUGAAGAGACCCGACUCCACAAAUGAUAUCAGCGAGGCCAUGGACAACCCUUCGUCCCCAUCCACCCCCCCGAACAACAACAACCACUCCUCAACGUCGUCCGCGAAAUUGAAGAAAGUUCACAGUAAGAGCAACCUGGAGAAGUCACUAAUGCGAAAGAUGCUCUCUAUCACUUUCAACAACUCGCCUGAUAUUAAGAAGGACAUCUUGCCAUUGGCUGAAGAAAAUUUGAGCAUCAUCAAGGAACUGAGGAACAAGAUGAACCUAGUGGCCAGGAUAAACAGUGAGAAGACUUACAUAGAGCAAGAUGGCGUUGUUGGCGGAAGUGGCAACAGCCCACAGCCGGAUUGUAAUGAUAUUGGUCAACGAUUGGAUGGUCUUUGA